AUGCAUUGUGUAAGAUCAACUCAAGAUGUUCUUGAAUUGAUGAAUGUUGGGUUAAAGAAUAGAGCCGUUGGUGCCACAGCUCUUAAUGAAAAGAGCAGUAGAUCACACAGCGUUCUUUCUGUUCAUGUACGUGGUGUUGACGUCAAGACUGACUCUACGUUGCGUGGUAGUUUGCAUUUGGUUGAUCUUGCUGGUAGUGAGAGAGUCGAUCGCUCUGAAGUAACCGGAGAGAGACUUAGAGAAGCUCAACAUAUAAACAAGUCACUGUCAGCUCUUGGAGAUGUUAUUUUCGCUCUAGCACAUAAGAAUCCUCAUGUACCUUAUAGAAACAGCAAGCUAACACAAGUCCUUCAGAACUCUUUGGGCGGACAAGCGAAAACUCUUAUGUUUGUUCAGAUUAAUCCCGAUGAAGCUUCAUAUGCUGAGACAGUAAGUACUUUGAAAUUUGCGGAAAGAGUUUCUGGUGUCGAGUUAGGUGCAGCGAGAAGCCAUAAGGAGGGACGCGAUGUUAGACAACUCAUGGAACAGGUAUCAAACUUGAAAGAUAUGAUUGCCAAGAAAGAUGAAGAGCUUCAUAAGUUUCAGAACGUAAACGUUGUCCAAACACGUGGCUUAAACAAUCUAAGGUUUGAGUCUUCUUCUCCUAGAAGGCAUUCUUUAGGAGGAGCUUCACCAAUUACUCCAAGACGAAGACAAGGAUCUGGUUUACUCGGAAGAACAACUUCAGAUUCAGCAGAUGAACGUAGGCACCAAAAUGAAUCUCGAUCAUUGUCUAAGUUUUCUGGUGGGGGCCAAAGACAUUAA